ACGCCCGCGCUGAUGACUCCGUUGUCAUAACGUUUCAACAUAUAGCAAGAUGGAAGGCAUUUACGCGCUCGAAAAUAGAUUUAGUAAUUACAUGUUCUUUAUACAAAGAAUCGGCUGGAAUCAUGACGGAGAAGUGGACAUCACGCCAGCCUACCAGAUGCUGGAGCAGGAUACAGCUGGAGCAUUCCAGAAUAUUCCUGUGCCUGGUAAUAUCAUGGAGUUCCACGAUUUUUUAAUGAAUAAUAACAACAACAACCUGCAACACUACAUUCACAUAUACCACAACGCUCACCAACAACUUCUCGAGGAAUUCAAAAACGUACGAUACAAUAUGGCAGAGAUGCAGCAAGAAAUUGAUUCCAUUAAAGAUACCAUUACCGACCAGCACCAACUUUACCAACAAUUAGAACACCAACAACAAACACUAAACGCAGAAAUAACAGCACUUCAGGACAGCAUAUGCAAACAAAACACAGCAGUUUACAACUUACAACAUUCACUCAGCAGCCCAAACUUCGCACCACAUGAGAUCUCCCGCCAUCAAAACAGCCAGAAACCCGCAUCUAACCAACACAACCAACACGACAACCAUUGCAACCAUCCCGAUGCUUACAACAUGAUCAACGAGGACAACAAUCACAACUACCAACUGUUCAAUCUACAAUCUUAUCUCACUCCAUCACUUAGUACAUACUCCAUGAACCAGGCACAGGAAGAACCAAACGUCAAAGAAUGUUACGUCGAAGAGCAUCACUGUGAACACGUUUAUGACGAAUCUGCAGACUUCCCAUCUCCAGCCACCGACGCAGACGGAAGUUGUGACUUUUCAUUUUAUGUUGAUUGUUUUUUUGGAUUUCAUUAAAAGAAAAACACAUCACG